ACGUCUGCCCUCGAGGCUGAGGUUCACCAGGAAAGGCAGCGUGCAGCCGAACUCCAACAACGCCUUACGGGAUGGGAGAACCGUCUGGUGGACUUGAACAAGAUGGCCGACAAGGAGUGGACCGCCAAGGACCAGCUUCAUCAGGCUUCAGUGUUGCGACUGGUUGCGGAUCUUCAACGCCUGCGCAACGGUUCGCCCGAGUAUGACUUUGACCUGCGCGAGUCGACCAACGGCGACAACACCUUCAACGACAUCCCCGUCGCUCGGGUGGGCACUGCCGCCCCUCCUGCGGUCGUCAAA